UUAAAUAUGUUUCAAGUAUUAAUCUUUGUAUUUUUAUUUUAUUGUAUAUUUGAUUUUUUGUAUAAAAAUAUUGCAUAUAGGAAAUGGGAAGGGCCUUGGGCUGUACCACUAUUAGGAAACUUAUUACAUGUGUCAAAAGAUGCUCAUUUGGUAUUUUCUAAAGAUCAAAAAAAAUUCAAUGGUGGCAAAUUUGGAAAAUAUUGGUUUGGUGAUUCAAUGGUUAUGGCUAUAUUCGAUGCAAAUUUUAUGAGGGAAAUUUAUCUUAAACAUCCAGAAUCAAUUAACACAAGAUUAAAAUCACCUAUUACAUCAAUUCUUUCAGAAAAGUAUAGAGGUAUUGUUACAGCAGACGAAAAUUAUUGGGCAUUUCAUCACGAGAUAUUAAGCAAAUCAUUUAGUGGUAAAAAAAUUAAAAGUAUAAUAUCAUCAAUCGAAAAAGAAACCGAUAGUCUUAUUGGACAUAUGAAAUUUAUUUUAAAAUCGGGACAAAAUUUUGAAACAAGAAAUAAUUUAAUGAACUUUAAUUCAAAUAUUGUAUUUGAUUAUGUUUUUAGUAGACGUAUUGAAAAUAUUUACGAAGGGUCAAGUUCGGAACAAAGUCAAGUACUUAUAGAGAUUAGAAAACUAUUCGAUUUUCUUGCCCAUUUUAAAGUUCAAAACUUUAUAAAAAUAUUAAAACCAUUUUAUUAUUUAUAUUUAAAAAUAUUUGGACAUCCAAAUGACAAUUUAAAAAAGAUAUUAUUUAAAUAUUAUUUAGAACAUUGUGAAACCAUCAAUUUGGAUUCACCAAGAGAUGUUUUAGACUCUAUGGUAAUAGAGUAUCGUAAAUUUGGUGGCAAAGAAGAGGAAAAGUCAAUCCUAGCAAUGUCAAAUGAAUUAAUUUUAGCUGGGGUAGAGACAAAUAGUAUUGCAAUGGAAUGGUUUAUUAUUCAAAUGAUUAACAACCAUAAAUAUCAAGACAAAAUUUACAACGAAUUAUUAGAGGCCCUCAAAAGCAACAAACUCACAAGUAAUUCAAGUAACAAAAUAAAAUUAUCACACAGACCAUUAACCCCACUUUUUAAUGCUUCAUUAAGAGAAACAAUGAGAAUGUACCCACCAAUUCCAUAUGGUGUUGGAAGAGAAGUAAAUGAAGAGUUUGAAAUUGAAGGUUAUAAAAUCCCAAAAGGAGCCCAUAUUCUUCAAUCAUAUUAUUCAAUGUUUAGAGAUGAAAAUCAUUAUAAUGAACCAAACGAAUUUAAACCCGAGAGAUUUUUAUUAGAAUCCCAUUCAAAUAAUUAUUUCCCUUAUGGAAUAGGUGUAAGAGCAUGUAUGGGUAUGUCCAUGUCUCAAGAUGAACUUUAUAUAUCUCUAACCAAUAUUCUAUUAAAUUUCAAAGUAUCUUCAAUUGAUGAUAAACCAAUAAAUGAAAAACCAAAUUUUGGUUUUUCAUUUAGACCAAAUGAAUAUUCAAUAAAACUAGAUUUCCGAUAAUCAGUUAUUCUAUUGUUAAAAAAAACAAUUCUUAUCAUUUAUUUUAAUAAGCAAUUUUUUUAAUUUAAAAUUAUUUUUAAUAAAAUUUAAUUUUUAAUUUUUUU